UGCUGUGCUAUGAGAAAGACGGCAUCAGUAGUGCUGAUUCAGAACCAGGAUUCUGACUUCCAGAACUUCCAUGAUCGACCUUAACUUGUAGGGUUUUAUGGGGAAUAUUCUGCAGUUGGUGAGGAGUGGAUAGGUAGAAAUCUUGUCAAAACUUAGAUUAUUAUUUGGAGCUGUAACAGUUGUCUAUAACUUUAUUGUCAGCUCAUAAUAAUGAAGCUUUGUGAGCCAAUGAUGGAUAUGGAUAUGCCUGAUUACACUGAGACCUUGGAUUCUUCCUAUAGCAUGCUUGAGUUUGACAGCUUGAGGGUACUGCCAUCAAAUAACGAGACCGUUCCAUCAGAUGUCAGUAACAUCAACGUGUUGAUGAACAGUGGUGUAACAGCCUUGUGCUCAAUCUGUGGUGAUCGUGCAACAGGGAAACACUAUGGCGCUGCCAGUUGCGACGGAUGCAAAGGUUUCUUCAGGAGAAGCGUUCGGAAAAAUCACGUCUACUCAUGCAGGUUUAGCAGGCAGUGUGUGGUUGACAAGGAUAAAAGAAACCAAUGUAGAUACUGCAGACUGAAGAAGUGCCUCAGGGCUGGGAUGAGAAAGGAAGCUGUACAGAAUGAACGGGACAGAAUCAGCAUUCGCAGAACAAGCUACGAAGAUGUUGGAUCUCUCUCUAUUACUACACUAGUACAAGCAGAAGCAAUGUCUUGUCAGUUUUCUGCCUUAAAUCCUGUGCAUCAUGCUGAUAUUGCAAUGAAGAAAAUAGCAACUAUCAAUGAUGUCAGUGAGUCCAUGAAACAGCAACUACUUGUGCUGGUGGAGUGGGCAAAAUAUAUCCCUGCAUUUUGCGAAUUGCUCCUGGAUGACCAGGUUGCACUGCUCAGAGCUCACGCAGGGGAACACUUGCUGCUGGGAUUGGCCAGACGUUCAAUUCCCUACAAGGAUAUUCUCUUGCUAGGAAAUGAUUUCAUCAUUCCCAGGCACUGCCCAGAGUUAGAGAUUAUGCGGGUAGCUAACAGGAUCCUCGAUGAGCUGGUGAAACCAUUGCUAGACCUCCAGAUAGACGAGAAUGAAUUUGCUUGCCUCAAAGCCCUGGUGUUCUUUGAUCCAGAUUGCAGAGGUGUAAGUGAUUCAGCAAAAAUCAAAAACAUGCGAUUCCAAGUGCAGGUCAACCUGGAGGAUUAUAUCAAUGACCGUCAGUACGACUCACGUGGACGAUUUGGUGAUAUUCUAUUGCUUCUUCCGCCUCUGCAGAGCAUCACGUGGCAGAUGAUUGAGCAGAUUCAGUUUGCUAGACUCUUUGGAGUGGCUAAAAUUGAUAGCCUUUUGCAGGAAAUGCUCUUGGGAGGGUCUACAACAGAGGUACAGCAAUACCCACAUGCUGGACAUUCCAGUACUGUUCACAAUCGGUUCGUUCCCCAUGCAGUGAUGACAGCUGGAAUGUCAUCAGCCAUUCAUCAAGUUCAACUCUCAUCUCCAGAAACUCCGCUUCCAUCUCCAUCUUCUGGCUCUGGAAAUGAGGAAUAUAAACUGCGUCCAGUCAGCCAUAUCCAAGCUCAUUCUGUGCCUAUGCUGUCUCAAACCCUCAUUCCCAAACAGGAAAUAUUGUAAAAGCAAAUUGGGUGAAAAUUCCACCAUGUCUUGGCUAACUUACUCCAAGCACUUCAACAAAUCGUGACUGCCAUUUAAUACUGUCACAUAUGGGGGUUGCAAAUUGUAUGAUCAAGUAUUAUCAUCCCUUUACACAUUAGUAACAUACAGUACAUAGAAAUCAAACAUGUGCAAGUAAAAUUUUCCACAUUUAUAUGCAACUUAGCUUAAAUUUUCAAGUGUUUGCAACACAGACAAGACUGAAAGAUCAUGGGAUUUCAGGGAGAAUAAAUGCAUUAGGGAGACACAAGAGGCUGCAGAUGCUGGAACUUGUAGCAAAAAAACUGCUGAACGAACUCAGUAGGUCAAGCAGCAUCUGUGGAGGCAAAAGGAUAGUUAAUGUUUCAGAUCGGACCCUGCAUCAAACCCUGAUGCAGGGUCUCAACCCGAGAUGUCAACGAUCCCUUUGCCUCCACAGAUGCUGCUUGACCCUCUGAGUUCCUCCAGCAGUUUUUUUUUGCUGAAUAAAUGAAUUACACUUGUAACUACUACGUGCUCAAAUUUCCUCCUGGAGCUAUUUUUCAAUCCCACUCCUUGAAUGCACCUAUGUUCAUGAAUAAUAUACCUGCACCCAGAGUUAAACAGCUAAUUCUACAAGUUUUCUGCAGCUGGCUUUGGUGAAAUGCUCUCUCAAAAUUAUGACUGGAUUUUCAGAGGCAGAAGCAAUCAUUCCAUUCUUCUAUUGCAGUUGUCUCAGCAUUUAAAACAAUGAUCCUCACUGAGAUCUACUCUGUAUUUUCUCUUACUAUAUUUUAAGGCAUAAAUAUGUCACA